AUGUACGAGGGAUCGGAAACUGUGGAGCCUUUCCGUGAGACGGUACACUGGAUAGUGUUCCGUUCAGCGCUGCCAAUCAGCUCAUAUCAGCUCGAACGUCUUCGUGAAGUUCGCUCUGGCAGCUACGACGAGGAGCGUGAGACUCCAAUGGAGCCAAUUCGUCCACCACAACCACCAAACUCACGUGGCGUCGUGUGUAGUUUUCGCAGCGCAGCCGGCGCUCCCGAUCUUGGAUUCAACAAACAGUAG